UGAAGCGGGGGAUGGAACCAUUUCUUCUGAGAGUGUAAAGGGAACAGUCUGCUGAACAGCCAGAAAAUGCAGGAAUCAUGAGUGCAGCUCGCUGAAGUUUCUGAGGUGAAUGUGACACAGUUUUUAGAUUAAAGUGAAACCGGGCUAAUGAUAGAAAGAGAGGGAUGUAAUUGCUGAGGGAGGGGAGGAGAGAACAAAAGACUGACGGAUGAUCUGGCGGAGUUGGUUGGCUGCUGGAGGAACUCGGGGGGCCGCGGUGUCGCUUAAAACGAGUGUCGCGAGAGAAACCGUGGGCAAUGUGUGCAGACGUGAGUAGACCGACAUGGGAGGCUCUCAACAGACCAAAAAACAGUCGCCCGCGAGAACCGGUGGCAGCCGGCUGACGCCACACACGCCGCGACACACACACGCGCACGGCCGACACACACCGCGAUCCAGUCAGCCGCGCGCAGGAGCGGCACGCAAACAGGCCGCGCAGACGCACACACACUCUCGCCGCUCGUCGCUCGCUCAAGGAAGUCUCGCUCGGCACACAGACCAGGGCGGCUGCGCUCUCUACCUGUGUUACGGUGGAUACUGCCUCUGUCUGAUGCUUCUCUCCUUCUUUCUGCUUCUCCUCGUGUCCCCACCUACACCACGCACUCCUCCUCCUUCCUCUCCUCUACCCCCUUCUCCAUCUGACGACUCGUUGGCCAUUCCCUUCUGCCCUCAUCCUUCCCUAAACCUGUCGUCCUCCUCCAUGUCUCCCCUUCACCCGGAUCCCUUCAACGUGUCGUCUCCUCUUCCUCCAUGCCCCUCUGCGUCCUCUGAUCCUCAUUCGACUUCUUAUAAACCCUCUCCGGAUUCUUCUCCUCAACCCCGCCCUUUUGUUCUCGUCCCGCCUUCUCUGCUCCUCCUUCCUCGCCCCUCGCUCUGUCGCUCCCGCUCUUCCUCGUCUCGCUCCUUGCCCUCCCUCCUGCUCUGCCCGCACAGUUUGUCCGACCACGCCCUCUCCUCGACCGAGACCUUGGACCAAAUCCCGUCGAUGGCGUCGAUACCUCGGCCUCGCACCUUGUUGCGUCAGCAGAGCCUCCAGCAACCCUUGAUCCAGGCUCCGCCCCCCAGUUUGGUCAACAGGCCUCCCAACUCCCAGAGUUUGGGUCAGCUGCACACCCAGCCGGGUUUGGGAGGGGGCGGUGGCGCGGGGCCCGGAGGAGGCUCCAGGAACGCCCCGGCUGGAGCGUCCCGCCAUAGGUCGGGAGGUGCCUCUCAUGGGAACCCGGGCAGUGUGGAUCACAUGAUGGGUCAGAUAACGAAACGAGGCCUGGACGUUAAAUCCUUCCUGGAAGGAAAAAUGGUGGUUCUCUCUCUCGCGAUCGGAUUGGCCGAGCAUGACGACUUUGCCAAUCUUCCAGACCUACAGGAAGUACCGCCCAGUCAAGAAACCCCCCCUGACAAGAGUAGGAAUAUGGGGAAUAAGCCGGCGAACAGUCCUAAGGGUCAGCCGCCAGAUGCCGACGGACAUUCCUCAGUGUCUGACCUUGCCAACUCGCUCACUGGAGACAUGGUGAUGUUAUCUCCGGGGUCGGAAGAUGACGAAGGUCCAGUGAGCGAGAAACUGGGCCGGAUUCAGUUCAGCUUGGGCUACAGCUUCCAAGACACGACUCUGACGGUGAAGAUCCUCAAAGGUCAAGACCUGCCCGCGAAAGACUUCUCUGGGACCUCCGACCCCUUCGUCAAAAUCUACCUACUGCCCGACAGAAAGCACAAACUCGAGACCAAAGUCAAGAGGAAAAAUCUCAACCCUCACUGGAACGAAACCUUCCUUUUUGAAGGGUUCCCGUAUGAGAAGGUGCGGGAACGAACGCUGUAUCUCCAGGUGCUGGAUUACGAUCGCUUCAGCCGUAACGACCCGAUCGGGGAGGUCUCCAUCCCUCUGAAUAAAGUGGAGCUCGGACAGCUGAAGUCGUUCUGGAAGGAUCUCAAACCCUGCAGUGAUGGCAGCGGAAGACGUGGCGAUCUGCUGUUGUCUCUGUGUUAUAACCCCACUGCCAACACCAUCACUGUUAACAUCAUAAAAGCUCGCAACCUCAAAGCCAUGGACAUCGGGGGCACCUCAGACCCCUAUGUAAAAGUAUGGCUAAUGCACAAAGACAAGCGGGUGGAGAAGAAGAAGACAGUGACCAUCAAACGCUGCCUGAACCCCGUUUUUAACGAAUCCUUCCCUUUUGACGUGCCGGCACAUGUUCUCCGAGAGACCACCAUCAUCAUCACCGUCAUGGACAAGGAUCGACUGAGCCGCAACGACGUCAUUGGAAAGAUCUACUUGUCAUGGAAGAGCGGUCCCGCUGAGGUCAAACACUGGAAGGACAUGUUGAGCCGGCCUCGCACAAACGUGGCGCAGUGGCACGCUCUCAAAGCCUGAUUCGCCCUCUCCAUCUCCCAUGAUUCCCUCCAACCCCUUCUGACCUUUGACCCGAAACCCCGUCCUUAUGCACAAGACUAACUUGCUGCCAGGCGGCACAACACGGGUACUUUUAGCCAUCCACUCUUGUAACCUUUAAGCUUCUGAAUCUCUCCUCCACGUUCGUCUCUGUUGACUCUGGUAACGUGUAGUGUGAAGGCCUGCUGAUUCACCGAGCGCUAAUCACACGACCUUUCGAGCGUUAGCGUCCGUUCGGGACUCUGGGAUAGUCACGAAAUCCAACAAAGCCAUUUGCAGAUGCUCGCGCCACGACUACACGUUACCAGGAUGAGGUUUAUCCAUCGUUCCCCCGUGCUCCUCGGGCCGCAUCCGCCAACCCCACGUCUAGACCCCGGAGGCUCAUGGGAGCUCAUUUGGCAGCCUUUAAAUUGGCCACCGCUGAAACGGAUCCAGUCGCAGGAACUCUGGGAAUUGUGUUUUUCCAGGUCCGCCGGCCCCGGAGCGCCGCUGUAAUUAAAGCCAUGAGGGGGAAAGAGACGCCCUCGUUUUCUUUCUCGUCUCCGUUUCGAGUUGUUUUUCUCCCCGACCUCUCCAGGCCUGAUUUUCCGUGUCUUUGUUCCUUCCAGUGUCUCUCUCUCUCUCUCUCUCUCUCGAUUGAAAUCUUACGCCAUCUGGAGACUCACGGACUCCGCCAUCCUCGCCUCUCUUGCUUUUCUCUUUAUCGCCGGCACAAUAGUAGUGAAGUCCCUGUUUUUCUCGGGAUCCCUUGUCGUCCGUGUGCUGUGAGUGACGUGUCGUAGAUCCAACCCAAUUAUCGUUAAAAACAUUAACCAUCGGGCCGGAGAAAAGAAAACAAUCGUUCCAGGAGGAAAAUCCAGAUGGAAGGGAAAAAAAUACACACACACACAAACUUGAUGUCAUCUUUUUUCAUAAAAAGGACAUUUGAAGAAACCAAUCCCAAUUGUUCUUCCAGAUUUGCUGUGAAAUAGAGAAGCAAAGAGUUUCGCGCCGGAUAGUUCUCGCCACACUUUGCUCUAGUGACGUGUUUCUUUGUGUGUGUGUGUGUGUGUGUGUGUGUGUGUGUGUGUGUGCUCAUCUUUUACAGAAACACUCCUGUUAACGGGGAAAACACUGCCUUUACCCGCGCGCGCACGUGUGUGUGUGUGUGAAUCUCACAGAAACAUGUCCAUGCUUUAUCCCCAAAUCACAAGAAAUGAUAUUUUGCAUUUGAAAAGUUACCGAUAAUAAAACACAUUUUCAUGCUAUUACCAUAAAUUUGACCCUUUCACUAAAUUAUCAAGCAUUUACCCUUAAAUGCUCAAUGCCAUACAGUAAAUAACUAAUACAAACUAAAUAUAAACAAGCAUAAAUUAAAGCUACCUUGAUGAUUAAAUGUUUUACAAUUAAAAUUAUAUAUUUAUAUCGAUUAAAAAGAUGAAUUGCGAUUAAUUGCAUGCAAAAUAAAAGUGUGU